AUGGGAUUUUAUGGACUCUUAAUCUUCGAAAAAAAUUUUUUUUCUAGUCAUCGUCGUUCUGAAGGCAGACUUGAUUAUCCAUUGGAUAUUUGUCUUACAGAAUUUCACCUGUUACUUUUGUAUACAAGCAGAAUUGUUGCAAUUUCACUUUUUGAUAAAACACUGGCAUUUGAAGAUUUUUUUAUUGGUAUUCCCAAAAUAAUUGGAAUGGGAAGGGAUGCAUCUUCUCAUAUGAUUUGGGUUUUUGCAGAAUCUUCUAUUUUUAUGUACCGGCCAAAUGAUGAAUGCCGUGAAGUUUGGCGUUUUUUUAUGGAACGGAAAGAAUUUGCAAAAGCUAAAAAGGUUGCCAAUCAAUUACAAGAUAGAAGACCUUUCCAAAUAAUUUUGAAAAAAGAAGCAGAAAAAUUUUUGAUGGAAAGAAAUUUUGUGGCUGCUGCUGAUGCUUUGGCUCAAUCAGAUGAACCUUUUGAAAAAUUGGUGCUUUUACUUUUGAAGGAUGGACCUAGCAGUCGAAAUGGUUUAAAACACUUUUUGGAACUUCGUCUUAGUCGUUUUCAAGGAAAUGAGCAACGUAUGCAUAGAGACAUGUUGGUCCUUUGGCUUUUAGAUAUUCAACUUUCUGAACUUGCCGAGCAUCGUCAAAGUGUAACUAGUUCAACGGAUGCUUUUAUUAUUGAGGGUAGCUCUAGUGGAGGUCCUUCUAGCGAAGUUUCUGAUACACGUGAAGCUCAAAUUCGACAAUUGAAAGAUCAAAUUUUCUGUUUUCUUAAUAGACCAAUAGUUUUCCAAGCUGUUAGUGAUAACCAGACGGCAGUCUAUAAAAUGAUUAGUUCUCAUGUCGAUUUCGAUGUUCAAUUAUAUUUGGCUAAUAAAUUACAUGAUACUCAAACAGUUCUCAAAAUUUUGUUAAUUCAAAAAUCAUACAAAGAAAUUCUUGAUUUGUUGGAACGUGAUUCAUCAAAUUUAAUUUAUGAAUAUUCUGAAGCUUUAAUUACUCAAGUGCCUGUUGAAUUAAUUUCUCUUUUGCUCAAAAAACUAAACAAACUGGAUCCUUUGAAACUUUUGCCAGCUUUUCUUAAAUGUUUGAAUCCAGAAUUGAAAAAUCGUGCAAAAGUGUAA